CACAUACGAGGACAUACGAGGAUUAUACACACGCGCUCUCACACACACUGAUCUCAGGACUGCAGCACCAUGGCUUUCUUCGAUCACAUCAUUUUCGAAGACGACGGCAACAGCUCAGAAGGUUCUGGGAUGAUUGACGACAUGGUGGGGAUGUGCGACAUCGCCAUCAGCCACAACUUCCAGAAGGUCUUCCUCCCCGCGGUUUACGGGAUUAUCUUCCUCCUGGGCGUGGUGGGGAACGGGCUGGUGGUGCUGGUGAUGGGCUUCCAAAAGAAGUCCACGAACAUGACGGACCGGUACCGGCUGCACCUCUCGGUGGCCGACCUGCUCUUCGUCCUGACCCUCCCCUUCUGGGCGGUGGACGCCGCCAGCACGUGGCACUUCGGCAAGUUCCUGUGCGUGGCCGUCAACAUGAUCUACACGGUGAACCUCUACAGCAGCGUGCUGAUCCUGGCCUUCAUCAGCCUGGACCGGUACCUGGCCGUGGUUCGGGCCACCAACAGCCAGUCCACUCGCCGGCUGCUGGCGACCAGGGUGAUCUACGUUGGCGUUUGGCUCCCGGCGACUCUGCUGACCGUGCCGGACCUGGUGUUCGCAGAGGUUCAGGGCAGAGGAACGAGGGACAUCUGCGAGAGGAUCUACCCGAUGGAGGGCAACAUGGCGUGGAAGGCAGCCUUCCGCUUCCAGCACAUCCUGGUUGGCUUCGUCCUUCCCGGCCUGAUCAUCCUGAUCUGCUACUGUGUGAUCAUCUCCAAGCUGUCCAAGGGAUCCAAGGGACAGGCGCUGAAACGCAAGGCUCUGAAGACCACCAUCAUCCUCAUCCUCUGCUUCUUCAUCUGCUGGCUGCCGUACUGCGCCGGCAUCCUGGUGGACACUCUGAUGAUGCUCAACGUGAUCUCACACAGCUGCUACCUGGAGCAGAGCCUGGAGAAGUGGAUCUUCGUCACGGAGGCGUUGGCCUACUUCCACUGCUGCCUCAACCCCAUCCUGUACGCCUUCCUGGGGGUCAAGUUCAGCAGAUCCGCCCGCAACACGCUGACCGGCAGCAGCAGGUCCAGCCACAAGAUCUUGACCAAGAAACGAGGGGUCAUCUCCUCGGUGUCGACGGAGUCCGAGUCUUCCAGCGUCCUUUCCAGCUAACAACUGGAACGCUGUGAUUAUAUAUACUGUUAUAUAUACUGUACUCUUUAUUGAAGAACAAAGGAACAAAGGAACCAGGAGGACUAAGCUUUUUUUUUUAUUGAAAAGGACUUUCAACUACACAUUGUAUAUAGUUUGUAAACACUUUAUAUCUAUCUAUAUAUAUAGUAUAUGUAUGCGUACACAAGUUUUAACACCUUUUCUUCGAGAGUAGCAAGAGUGCAGAGUUCACUUUUUUUUUUUUAAAUCAGGAAGCCUCAGGAUGUAAAUUAUUUGUAUUAUUUGUACAUAAACACCUUUUUUUUUACUUUUGUACAUUUUGAAUAUUGUGUGAAUAUGUGUGUGUGUGUGUGUGUGCGGGCACUUAAAAAACAAAAGACGACAAAGGCUUUUUUUAUUUAUUAGUAGUUAUUAGUAGGAAAAUAGGUGGAGUGGUAGCUCACACUGAAUGCUCAUUGUCUGUUUGCUGAUUUUUGAUUUUGAUUUUUUUGCAUUUCCGCUCUAAUAAAAAAGGCCUGAGGUCACUCUUUCUUAUCUGA